AUGUCGGAUCGUCGUACGUCGAACAUCGGACGCAGUGUGAAUCCUCCAGAAGCUGUGUCACUUGCUGGAAAGCUCCCAUAAUAUAAAUAUGGACCCAUACAGAAGUGUGCGCUCACCAACCGCAUGUUCCAACAUUUCUUCUCUUUCGUGAUUUUUUCAUUUUAUACGGACAAAGUCAAACCUGCAGUGGUAUCCGUAGGAAAAGAGGACAGUGUUGACUUCAUUUAUCAAUUUGUGAAGAAAAGAUUUGUUGCCAAGAACCACAGGAAUAAUAGCAUAUUUCAUACUGCUCCUGACGUGAUUGGGCCACCCAAAUUUCAAAGCUAUGGAGAACUAUUUUAUUUACCAUUUUUUCAAGGAGGUAUGAUGAGUACUUUUGAUGAACAUAUUUCAACAUCUCCAUGGGAAAACAGAAGUCCUGAAAGUAACCUUGAUUUUGCAGAUCGCUGUGGCGAGAUAGAAAAUAAUUACAUUGAUAUUGAGUUUCAUGAAGCUGUAUAUCCGAUCAGAGUCUCUAUUUACGAAAUACUUAAUCCUGGAAGAGUAAUUCAAAUUUGGGCUCAAGAUUCUAAUAAUCAGUGGUUUCAGUUGUGGAAUGGGUCGCCUCAGAUUGUGUCCCCAACAUCAAGAUUAUUUUCCCCGCCCUUAUCGCACCCGUGUAAAUUUAAAACCAAAAUGCUCAAACUAGUAUUUAAGAACAACCCACAAACUUUCCCUAUAACUUACACAAAGCUAGAUGCUGUGAUGCUUAUCGGUACAUCAGAUUUGAUUCUUCCUAGAAAUACUAACGAGAGUUUAACUAAUCUGUUCAAAGAAAUUAACUGCAUGGACUCCCUUCCGUUCCAUGAAGAUGAUAAUUUAACAGCAGAUUUAAAAAAUGUACACUCGGAUAUAGUUUAUCUGCAAGAACAUUUUCCUGAAUAUUGCGUUAUUUUUAAAAGCGAUGCAGGGACUUCUCGUGAGGUAAUCCCUGAUCAUGUGCAAUCUCUUGGACAGAAAUACUCGCGUUGUCUUUUACCAAAAGGUCAUUCGAAUAACGCACAGAAACGCAUGAAACUCUCUUUGGGUGAAUCCAAGAAGCUAUUACGUUGCAGUAUACUUGCGCUUUCUGAUGAAAUACUACUAAAAAUAUUGAAAAACUUAGAUUUGACGACGUUAUGGAGCAUGAAAUAUGUAGAUGAACGCUUUAAUAAUUUAAUACAGGACUAUGAACUCUAUACAUGUUUGAACGUGCGAAAUGUAUCUCGUACAGAUAUGCACGAUAUAUUUUGUUUCUUUACUCCUAGAUGUAAAUAUUUGCAACAGUUAGAUCUUACAGGAAGUAAGUUUGAUGUUAAGGAUUUCAUAAACUUUCUUGAUAAUUGCGGCAGGCAUUUAACGCACUUAAGAUUAACUGAUUGCUAUGUCGACAAUUGUGCCCUACUUAAAAUUUCAGAGAUAUGUAAAAAUUUGAAAGAAUUGGACCUAGAAAGUUGUAGUUGCCUAGACGACGAAGGAUUUUCAUAUCUCGAGAAGCUAAAUAGUUUGGAACAUUUAAAUCUUUAUGACACAUGUAUAACAUCUGAACGUCUUUACAAAAUACUGCAAAAAAAUCAAUGGAUGCGUGAUUUAUGCGUGUUCGCAUCUUCAUUGCGUACAACAAACCUAGACCUAGAGGCAAAUGCAAUAAAAUUGAGAAAUUUAUGUCCUAACUUGGAAGUAAUAGAUUUAUAUAGGACAAUUGAUCGUACGCCGACAAUUAUUAACGUUCUCGCUGACUGUAAGAAUUUACGAAAAGUGUAUCUUCCCAAACUCGGAUGCUCAAUCGCUGAUGAUAGUUUGUAUAAAUUACUUUCUUCCUGUCAACGCUUGGAAGCAGUUUGUUUGUGCCGUAUUGUCCUCACUGAUCGCAAUUUGGAAUUACUAACGCGGUGCAGAAACUUGAGAUGGUUAUAUCUGUUUCAGGUGGAACUUGAUACACCCGAUAAAUAUUCCGUUAUUUUCGAACGAUGUCCUAAACUGCAAGAGUUACGUUUUAUAUACUGUAAAAUUAGCGAUUGUUUGGUUAACGAAUGGAAAGAAAGAUAUCCGUGUGUAUCCGUCUAUACAUUCGACAUAGACUGAUGAUUUGAGUUGUUUUUGUUUAUUAUUUUGAAAUACUAGUGUAUAAAAUCAAUUAACCUUUUAAAAAUUAUCUGGUAAAAUUAGA